AUUAACUUUGAGCACGUGUUUGAAGAGAUUUCUGUUCUGAGCACACAGACUGCUUUUCUUGACAAUGCUCCGAGACGAACAGUGAGCCGGGAAUGCCGCGCAACUACAAUGCUGCAGAGACAUGGACUUGCCUCCCGGACUAGGGAGUUUCCUGGAUCUGCGGCUUGCAGUGGAAGUGAUACAGUGAUUUCUGGCAGAUUUCCCCACACCACAAUGGAUGAAUUUCAUCCCUUUAUCGAAGCACUUCUCCCUCAUGUCCGUGCUUUCUCCUACACAUGGUUCAACCUGCAGGCUCGCAAGCGCAAAUACUUUAAGAAGCAUGAGAAACGCAUGUCCAAGGACGAAGAGAGGGUGGUCAAGGAUGAACUCCUUGGAGAGAAACCUGAAAUCAAACAGAAGUGGGCGUCCCGGCUCUUGGCAAAACUGCGGAAAGAUAUCCGGCCUGAAUUCCGGGAGGAUUUCGUGCUGACCAUCACCGGCAAGAAGGCUCCUUGCUGUGUCCUUUCUAACCCUGACCAGAAAGGCAAGAUUCGGCGGAUCGACUGCUUGAGGCAGGCUGACAAGGUCUGGAGGUUAGACCUGGUAAUGGUCAUAUUGUUCAAAGGGACUCCCUUAGAAAGUACUGAUGGUGAACGCCUGGUCAAAUCACCUCAGUGCAGUAACCAAGGCCUGUGCGUCCAACCACACCAUAUUGGAGUUUCUGUAAAGGAACUUGACUUAUAUUUGGCCUAUUUUGUACACAACCCAGAGUCAGGACAAUCUGAAAGCUCGAACCAGCAAGGAGACGCAGAUGUCAAACCACCACCCAAUGGGCAUUUGAAUUUCCAGGACUGUUUUAUUACAUCUGGAGUUUUUAGCGUUUCUGAACUUGUGAGAGUGUCGCAAACCCCAGUUGCUGCUGCCACGGGCCCCAGCUUCAAUCUGGCUGACCUGGAGAGUCCAGGCUACUACAGCAUUAACCAGGUUCCCCUGGGCAGGAGGACCAUCACCACCCCACCCUCCACCAGCUCCACCAAGCGGCACAAAUCCAUCGAGGAUAGUGAAAUGGAGAGCCCGGUGGAUGAAGUCUUUUACUCCAGUACAGGCCGAUCCCCAGCUGCGGGCAGCAGUCAGAGUGGAGGAUGGCCUAAUGAUGUCGACACCGGUAUGACAUCACCCACUUCCUUAAAGAAGUCAACGAAACAUGAGUUUGGCAGUGGAACACCUUCACAAACAGUCUCCUCGCGGAUGGCAUUCACCCAUCACCCAUUGCCUGUGAUAGCAGGUACCAGACCAGGGAGUCCUCGAGCACCGGCCUCCGCUAUCCAUUUCCCGCCGUCCUCCAUCAUCCAGCAGCCAAGCCCCUACUUUACCCACCCAACCAUCCGCUACCAUCACCAUGCUAGCCAAGACCCUCUGAAGGAGUUUGUCCAGCUGAUCUGCUCCGACAGUUCCAGUCAGGCCACAGGACAGGUGGGGUACCUGAAUCCAAACGGUGGCAGCCAGGGCAAAGUUGCGGGGUCUUUUCUGCUGCCGCCACCACCCCCAAUGGCCAGACCCGUCCCCCUUGCAAUGUCUGACACAAAAUCAACCAGUGCGUCCCCAGAGGGAGGAGCCACAUCACCUACAUCACCGUCAUAUUCAACGCCCAGCUCCUCCUCUGCAAACCGGUUUGUCAGUAUUGGACCACGAGAUGGGAACUUUGUAAAUAUCCCGCAGCAGUCACAGUCUUGGUUCCUCUGAUAGUUGCGAGCCUGUCCCAAUGAGCAGCGACAAGACCAUCUGAUACCUUCCUUGACACAAGUAAAAAUUGACACAGAGAGAGAGAAAGAAAGAGAGAAAGAGGGGGGAGGGAAACGGCAUCAUCGCUGAACACUGGGAACAGAAACAACAACCAUCUGAGAUGACUCAGACACGUUCGAGGAAGGAAACAAAAAUAUACAAACCAGUUCAGAAUGAUCUCUCCAACCAUAUAGGAAUCGAUUUUUCCACUCAAAUUGGCAACCAAUACCGUCACACAUUGUGCAGUGUAACGUGGCUUUGAGUUUGGUGGGAGCAUCUCACAUUUGCAUUUUGUAAGGACCGUGAUUUUAACCUGUUUAACCAGUAUUAAAAGUAAAGGGUAAAGGUUACAGUGGACUCAUAGCACACCAGAAAGAUGGUACACAAUCAACCCAGAAUUGACGUUUUUUUUAAAAAGGAAAACACUACAAUCUGCAAUGCAAAUGCGACUAUUAUCUUUAUAAGUGCCUCGUUCAGUAUACAUCAAAUGCAUUAAAGGCUUCAUAAAUGUAUUCAAAUAUUUAUAAAUAUAUAGAAACUAUACAAGAAUAGACAAUUAGUUAUUCCAGCCCCAAUUAUCCCACCGAAAUGUGCUACAGUCUCUCAAAAUGUAUUCUAUAUUGGACUGCCUUAACAAUUAAACCUAAAAGUGACCCGGAUUUUUGGCCGUUUCCCCCACACUGUGCAGUUGAGGUGAUGUCCAGCAGGGGGCGGUGAAAGUAACCCUCUCAAUGACAUGCCCUUAAUCUCGGUGAGACUCUGGAAAGGGGGUGGAGGGCUCAGGUAGGAACCAGCUAGUUUCACAACCAGUGGAGGACUCAAUGGUUCUAGUUGUUGCUAGCGCUGACCUUUCACUUUCCCCACAUUUCCGCCUCUCUCCCUACCACUAGAAACUCAAGUAGGACACUCAACACCUUCCUGCCACGCCAGCCAUUGCUGGCCCUCAGUAGCAGUGGUCAGAGCUGCUGGUAUAGGUGAGUGAUAGCUACAUCACUUCCACUGCCCAUUGCCCAAGCAGAAAGAAGCCUUGUCCCAGUUUGGCCGCUGAGGCUAUCUGCUUAACGGAAGGGGGUCGAAGAGCCUUCAAAGGGGUGUUGGGGGAAUGGGGGUGAAUGCUGUGGAAAGUGUAACAAGAAAGGCAAAGGGGGCUGGAGUGGAGCAAAGGUAACAGAGAGAUCAGGCACCAGCCCCUAAGAUUACUACCGCCCCCCCAGUGGAACACACAGGUGUGGACAGAUGGACAGGUUUCAAGCUAGCAAUCUUUUUCUCUUUCCCACCCCCUCCUCAGUGUCUUCCCUUAAGUCCUUAAGGUGUAAAUGAUCCUUCCACCAAAUGGAAAGCUGAGUGGUACGAGUCCACAAUGACUGGGUAAACUGUACACAUGGAGCUCUGUUAAGGAGGAAUGCUCAUUGAUGGAAAUCCUGCACCUGUCCAAGUUCACUCACUCUGCUCCCAAAAAGGGUUGCUCAUAUUUUCCAUCCCUGACCUGAUUGCAAGUCAUCAUUGAUCAGGAUUGAGAUGGCGAAACAGAGAGGGACAUGAAGACAUGUCCAACAGAGUGGGUAGGAGGGGGUGGCCAAAGGAAAGAGGGGGACACAGAGGGAGACAGAGGAAAGGGAGGUGUCUGUUUUAUACAAGGUCCGAUUCUUCAGCACCUCCUAACAUUGUGUGUGCGGCUGGAGGAAUGAACCUGGAGUUGAUGUGUGUCCUCUCUGAGGUGCAAACUACCAAUCAGCUGCAUGGUAUGGACUCCAUUACAUCCCUCCCCCAGAUUGGCUGGUGGGGGUGAUGAUAAAGGAGGGAGAGUGGCGGAGAGGGUAGGUAUAUGGGGGAGGGGUGAAGUCAGAUAAGGGGUGGGGAAAAUGGAGGAGGGGUGGAGGUGAAUGGUGGAGGGGUGUACGUGGGGGUAGAAACAGGAUCAUCAUUGGAUCCGAACUUACGUACUUGAAUUUUGAUUGGGCAGAGGUCAUCAUGUAGUGGCAUUGAAUUCAACCUCAGUUCCCUCCCCACCUCCCCCACAAAAUACCUCCCCCCCCAUCCACCACCAUAAACUACAGCCUAUCCUGACCGCCAACAGGGGGCAGGAGCAGAAAGCACAAGAGGGUGGGAGGUCCAUGUUGCUGCUCCCAGCCCCCAACCCAAGCCCAGCCACCCUCCCCCAGAGUACCAGGGCCUGGUCACUGGGUCCUGAUGUAUACCCUCCAGCCCUAGGCCUUGUCCCCAAUCACUUUGAUCACCCUCACCACUCACCGACCCACUAAGACCGUCCAUAAUAAGCUGGUGUCCUGUUCUACAGCAGUAAAUGGUUGUGCUGAUCUGGAGACAUUGCCCAGAGGAGGCUGCCUAAGGCAGAAUCACUUGUUUUCACAUAACAUUGGGCUACAGAGAGGGAGGGAGGGAUGGGGUAGAGUGAAUCUAACAGGACUCUCCCACAAUGGACCGAACAGCCUCACCUGCUGCCCUGUGCCCCGCCAUGAUUACAAGAUCUGAGUGAGGAAGAGAUUUGGCUUCAGCCCAAUCUCAAAGUUCAAACUGUAAAGAAUUUGGACCAGCUUCAGUAGCUGGAAAUCUGAAAUAAAAUCCAGUCCCCUGUACUCGCUGCUCACAAUGUGGUCUCUCCUCUACAUUGGAGUCUACGAAACGCAGACUGAGCAACUGCUUUCUGAAACACCUAUAUUCUGUCCAUAAAAAUGACCCUGAACUUCCAGUUGCCUGCCACUUCAACAGCCCACUCUGUUCCCCGGAGAACAUCAGCAUCUCGGGCUUGCUGCAGUGCUCCAGUGAAGCUCAGUACGAGCUGGAAGAACAACAUCUCAUAUUCCUCUUGAGGACCCUGCAACCUCCAGGACAGAACGUCUCACUGCAUAUCCUUUACCCAGCCCCACACCCCAGGCCCUGUAAUGACAUGGUCUGCUUUCAGCACAGCCAACCAAUUUCCACCUACUCAUUCACCCACAUUAUCAGCCUCACUUUCUCCCUGGGUUAUCAUCAACUAUCUCUUUGUCUGCCUAUCAGUUGUUCUCUCUCUUUCCCCACACCAUCUUCCUAGCUACUAUCAGUUCUGAUAAAGGCUUACUGCACUCGAAAUGUUAAUUCUGUUUGUCUCUCUCCACAGAUUCUGCCAGACCCUGCUGAGUUUCUCCACCAAUUUCUGGUUGUGUUUCAGACUAGCUUCAGUUUGUUUAAGAUGGGAGCUCUUGUGUUUGACUCAUUUCCAACCAGGAACAGAGGGGUUAAAGGGUAGUCAAGUGACCAAAUGGUGACUUCACUUCUGUCACGCACUGACUCUUGGUUUCAUCUCUGUGAUUGUGAGAGAUAUAGACAGUCUUUCAGUUCUCUCUCCGAGUGCUUUGUAAUCAAUCGUGUGGACCAUCUCGAUCAGACGACUUGCCAAGGAUUUUGGGUAGUUGAUGUCAUUGGAGACUGUGCAUUCCUGUUCCGAUCUCCAUCUUGGAAUGACAUCAAGCUUUUGUUCGCUAAUUCAAAUUGGCACGAGGCAAGCUUUGCCUGAAAACAAUCAAGGCAUUUGUUGACCCGAUUUACUCUCAGUUGUUGAGGAUGUAGCCACGGCAACCAAGGUAGCAGAGCAGGAGCUGGUUUGUAAGAGGGAGUCAUGACACAGAGGGGAUGGUGGGUGGGGGAUAGGUGUCAAGGGAGAGGGGUGCCCACUUGAGGACAAGAUGCUUUCUGGGGGCCAGAAGCGUGAGCGGAGACUGAAACCAAGAUCCCACCACCAAGUGCUGGAUAGGCUUUGCCACCUAAUAACAGGCCGCAACCUGCUUAGAGGAGGAGACAGUGUUUGAGGACAGGAACAGAAAUUGCUGGAGAAACUCAGUAGGAUCUGGAAGCUUCUGUGGAGAGACGAACAGCAUUAAAGUUUCGAGUCCAGUGAACCAGUUCUGUGUUUGAAUAACCUAAAUUUGACUUUCCUGGUAACCAAAUCCAAUUUACUGACACAAUCUUCUCCUGUAGCAAUAUUGUGGGGUAGGGGAAAAGGGGGAGAGGGAAAAGGUUUAUGGUCAGGAAGGGGGUGGUGGGGAAGAGAGAUCUCUUCAAUUAGCUCUGCUUUCCAUUGAAAGCUAAGCGAAUGGACAAGGUAUGGUGUAUUUGUGUCAUGAGCAUAACUCCGUUUCAGAGUUAAAGACAAACAUAUAAAUCUCAAUAUAAUAAUACUGCAUCUGAACUAGGUAGGCUUUGUAAACCACACGCCGACACACAAGAGUCAUCGCCAUUAGCAAAUGUUUGUUGCUUGCAUUCUGGGUAGUGAUAGUUUUGGCUUUGCUUUCUGGUUUACCGCUUUUAAAAAAAAGGAAUAAAAAGUAAUCAGAAGUGUUAAAAUUUUUGCAGUUUAAACAAAUGCAGAGGCUGCCUGUCUUAGGCCAAGGUGGGGGCGGGGUGGGGGGCACCAAACCUACUCCUCUCCCCCAAACCCUGAACCCCCUUUUUCUGGUUCACUUAAAGCACAGCAAAAAGCAGCAGCUCACAUUGAACAUUUAAAGAGACGGUGUCCCCUUUCCUUUUUAACCUUUGUUCCCUUCUGUUAUGCACAAAGCACCAGGAUGGAAAUUCCCAUAGAUCCACUCCCACUCACGUUUCCCUAUGUCUGACCAACCCUCCACCCCUCACCCCAAGCCCUUCUCUUGACCCGAGCUCACUUCCACUUGAAACUGUGGUUUCCUGCUUACAAAUUGCUAGGAAGGGAACCAUCAAGAGUAAGAUGGUAGCUUUGGCAGUCCAACGUGCAAGGUCAGACGUGAGUGUGUCACGAGGUUGCGUAGUGGUGACAUUUGAUGACACGUGACUUAGCCAGGCAAUCCUUCCCGACUGUAUGGGUGGUCGUCUGCCUGUAUCGACCAUGCACAGCCCCAGACCCAGCACAGCAGAUUUCAGCCAAGUUGGCUGUAGGUCCCCUUGACAAGCAUUGGCAUAAAGUAAUGGCCAUGGCCGCUGCUUGGGAAAUGUGGCCAAGUCAAGGUGUGACUUCACAGCGAUCUAGCUUCCUCCCCCCCCUUGCUGUCACACAUCAAGAGAUAUGCCUUAACAUUCCCAUCGGAUUGUCGCAACAAUACCUGGCACGGCUCCCAAACUUUAGGAGGAGGAACGGAGAACAUUGGGAACACCACCACGCUUCACGGCUCUCCUGUCUCUGCCGAUCAUCCACCUUCCCCCCAUUACCCUUGGCAAUCCAUCAGUUCAGCAUUGCCCUCCCAAGUGUUUAGAAUGAGAGACAGACUCUGUAAGGGCAGGGUGAAUGAGGGAUUGAGAGUGUGUUGCUGGAAAAACAUCUGCAUCUCUAGCAUCUGCAGACCUCACGGUCUCCAGGGUGACUGAGGAGCUGGGUUGAGGGGAUUAUAUCUUCCCCGACCCCAGCAUGACUCCCCAACCUCCUGCAAGAAGUAGAUAGCCACUGGGGAGGCUCUUCAUUGAGUGCUCUCCUUGCCUAGACCCUCCCUCCUGCCAUUUACCUGCUUAUUACCAAUGCUCAUUCAGAAGGGGUCAAGGGAGGUCAGAGGUCAACCUUCAGCCAAAAGAGAUACCUGAUAAACCACUCAGUUGCAGCUUUCAGCACCCACGAUCCCCACCCACAACAUCCACUCUUCGGGGUGGGAGGGAGGGGAGAGUUUGAUGUUUAUAUUUCGUGUCAUGCCAAUUUCAAUUUGGAAAGCCUUCAGAAUACAGUGUGCAAAAGACAGAAAAGAAAGGGGACAAUGUCUCUCAAUGCAACUCAGUCAAAAGCUGAAGACUGCAAUGCCAACUGACAAAGUUGUCUCACUUCAUUCUUCAAUGCAGCCUGCACCACCUUCCUACAUGCACCCAUGAGGGACAUCCAGCAGAUAUUAUCCUGGAUUCCAAAUGCCUGGGGUCUACUCUGCAGCCAGUGUUGUUGAGAAGACUCUUUUCUUCCCUCUUCCUUUUUUAUUCUAUCCCUCAUUUCCUAAACAACUUGUUAAGACUGACCCAUCAGACAUCAAAUAAUUCAAGAGUAUUUUUUAUUCCAGACAAGAUUGAAUCUUUAAUUGGCCUAAAAUCUGUACUUCCUGAUAUAAAGUUAAGAUUUGAAAACACACGUGAAAGAGAAUAUUGACGUAAAUUUCAUAGGAUCAAGGUCAUUCCUCGAGGAUAAAACAGAGACAGGGACCUCUAAUAUGUUACAGGAAGGUUAGGGUUUCACAGGGUUGACUGAAUGCCUUGUUUCAAAGCCAUUCAUGGUGGUACAUUUUCAUUCUUGCCAGGCCACAGAUUGCUGAGACCUUUGCUCUCAACUGCACUUCCUGCACGGAUAUAUAUGGGAAUGAAGAGAGGCCUGGGUGGUGCUGUGACAGUUCCUCAAUUGGAUAGUCCACCAUCCAACCCAAGAAUAAUGUCCAGGUUGCUGGAGAAGAAUUAGUCAUUCUGAGCCCAUUCAUUUUGGAGAAAAUCUGAAGUUUUUUUUCCUAAGCUUUCUUCACAGCAAUCGUGACAGUGUACAAUCCCAAGUAUUGAGUAUCUUCCAGCAAGCUAGAUUCUGAAGAUAGGAUGCAUAUCAGAAAUUUGAUAUUUAAGGAUAUUCCCAUUCUCCCUUGAUUUGUAGUUUUUAAUGAAGACGUGCUCUGAGGAAGGAGGCCUGUUUGAAGCUGAGACCAGCUCCUACCAUGGAUCAUUUGGUGUCUGAAUUUCCUGUGGGGAAGUCUUUGUUCUCUUCCUGCUAAACCUAUAAUUCUUAAUUUCUACUUAAGAUAAUUCAUAGACUUUAUGCCACCAUUCUCCACCCACAACUAACUGGUUAGCAGUGGGCAUGAUGUUGUGGGGAUGCCAUGGUGAUAUGUCCAUUCUUUGCUGGUUUGAUGUUGGACAUAUCCACGUUCCUCAUCAUGCUCUGCCAAGCAAGAAAGCUCAGAUAUCCCAAGACUGGUGUAGCCUAUCCAGGGUGGCAAAAUCCGGCUUCGAGGUAUUCCUGAAGGCUUUGUCGCAUUGCCCCUCCUACCCCACUCCUGUCCUACUGCCCUACACUCUUCCCCUUGACUGCCCAUUUCAUGCCAACUGGCAUGGGGAAGAUUAAUUGUUAUCCAGUCUGUUUACUCUACAUAAUCAAGCUGCCCCUGCUUGCAAUUACUCAUAAUUCUUAACAAAUUGCUUACAGCAAGCAUGUCUUUUGAUUGCCCUGGUGAAUCUUCUCUUGUUGUGUUUUGGAAAUUAACCAUUAAUUUCCGGUAACUCCAUGCCAACCCUGUCGGCCUGUCUCGAGAGGAUUCGGUCUGGUGAAUCAUUGGGGCACCUCACGCUAGUGUACCUCUGUUUUUCAGUUCAUAUUACAGUCUUCACCUCACACUAAGACAGCUACUAUCUCCAUAGCAACCCCUCACACACAAAUCAAAAGAAAACACAAAAAACAUUUUUCAAAAAAAAAAUCGAUAGCCACUUAAAAAGAAACGUCACCCGGUGACAAUGACAAAAAUAAAAACGUUCUUGAGCACAGCAGAACUUAGAAAGGGGUAUGCUCAAGCAAGGAGUAGAAACCAUGGGGGGAGUAAGCACACUACAGAAUAUAGGCACUUAGAAGAUAUUGACAAAAUGCAUGGAUACAAAUCUGAGCAAAUUUCUUAAUUGCAAGAAUUCCGUAGGAUCUGCUUUGGAUUUGAACGCACAGGAUGCUAAAUUCUACGAGAAUUCUUUAUUCUAAAGAGCUACUGCAACCCAACUGAGGUAACACGUCAGUCGAGGGAUCAGUUCAGUUAACCGGGUAGUGUAACCUCAAAUCAUGUCAACUGAGGGAUAAUGUUAGUUGGACUUUGGUUUCCCACCUUGGUUCUACCCACAGGUAUCCUCCUCAUAACAGUUGAAACAUCACAGUCCACCGCACAGCUUCAGCACUGUAGCUGACUGUGCUAAAUAACUUUAAUUUUUUUUUAAAAAUUAAAAGCGAAUCUAGAGGAGAAUUUAUGAAGGCCAGCCUGUUAUUUUUUUUUCUUUCGUGAUGGAGAUUGACAUGUAUUUUGUCAGAAGGAAAAAAAUAACAGUUCUCAACUGAAACCAAGUGCAAUGCAUUGGAGAGUUGAAUAUCUUUGUAUGCUAGAGAUUGUUAAAAAAAAGAGAAUUGCUUUUCUAUUUUUUUUUAAAGAAAGGUCUGCCUUUUUUUUAAAGUCUACUUGCCCCAGGGACUCUAAACAAAAGAAGGGGCGAUACUAUCCCAGCCUUUAUAAGUGUGGGGGAGCUAUUAAAUUUUUUUUUCUUUGAUUGUGGUCUUUUUUGUGUUUUUAUUUUUUUAUUGUGAAUGAAUCUGUACCCCUUGGGUUGGGCUGAAGGAGAGAAUUGAAAAAAAAAGACAAAUAAUUAUAAAUAAAAUGGUGCUUUUUAUGAUAUAAAGUACGUUCAAUUCUACAAUUACAGUAUAUAGGUAACAAAAACAGUUAAUUGUUAUUGAUGCUCACUGUAGGGAGAAGAAAAGUUCAUUUUUGUCUAUCCUUUUUGUUUUAUUUUUGGAUCAAGUCUCUCUUUCUAGGCUGAGAUAUACAGUGUAGUACUAAUGGAGUUUGGUGUUUUUCCCUGUUUAAUCGCUUAUCAUUGCAAUGGAGUACAGUAAUCAUAUGUUAUUCGAAGGGUUUCUGUGUUGUAGCGGACCGCAGUAAUCACGUAUGUUAUCUCAUUGUCUUAUAACCUUACAUGGUAUCCAUGCCGAUCUCUUCAGCUUAUCCAUCAAACAGCUAAAUAAUGAAAAAAAAAUGUAAUAUUGAAAAAAAAAGUUUUAAAAAAAUGAAACUCCAAGCAAGAGCGAAAUAAAUAAAUUCCAUGUUCAUUUGGCGUGUUCAAGGGGUGGGGGAAGGCAGGUCGGGAUUGGUGUAGGGGUUUGGGCGGGCAGUGGGUAGCGCCCUGUGCUCAUUGACAUGGCAACUCAAACAGGCAACAGUCCUCUCACUACCCCAACCCCUCCCUCCUUUGCAGCCCAUUGCCCACAGACGCAAAGGGGACGGGUAAAGGUAUCACACAACUGGUUAGCGAUUUGUAAUCAGUCCACGGAUUGGGAAAGGCUGCAGUCAUGGCCUGCUUAAUUGUUUCACUGUGGCACGCGCAGAGUCUUCGAACAUUUACAGUGCAUUUGGAGACCAUUCGGCCCAAGGUAUCUGUGUCGGCCCACCAGGAGCCAUCCAGCUUCAUCCCACGUUUCCAGCUCUUGGCUCUGUCAUCUUGUGGGCUACAAUGCUUUAAACACACACUGGAUUCUUUUAAAUGUGACAAGGGAUGCUGUCCCUUUGUGUACCCUCAGGCCUUGUGUCCCAGAAACUCCCUACCACCCUUUGGAUGGAGAGGAACCUCUCCUCAAAUCCCUCCCUCUUGCCCUAACUCUAUGCCCCUUAGUUAUGGGCCCCUCAACAGAUGGGGAGUCAGGGCCUUGAACCUGCUGUAUUUAGUCUCCUCUUCAUACUUGGUGUUUAAACUAUGCGCCUCGGCCUCCUCUGUUCAAUAGGAAGCAACCCCAGCCUCCCUAUCCUUUACCCACUGCUCCUAUUCUCCAGUCCUCAGAUUCUCCAUUGUACACCACACUUGUUCAAUCACAUCAUUCCCAUAGUGCAUUGAUCCGAACACCAUGCAGAAGUGCCCUAACUGCUGUUUCAUGCAAUGGUAUAAAACCUAAAACUGUGGAUGCUGGAAAUGUGAAACAAAAACAGAAAUUGCUGGGGAAACUCAGCAGGUCCAGCAGCAUCUGUGGAGAGAGGGACAGAGUUAAUGUUCCGAGUCCAGCGACCCUUCUCCAGUAAUGGACUUGCAACAUCAACUCUGUUUUUCUCUCCGAUGAUAUCACCAGACCUGCUGGGUUUCUCCAGCAAUUUCUGCUUUUGUAUACACAAUGAGUUUGGAAAACCAAUGCUAAAUUGCAAAGUUCAAUAAGUCUAAAAAUAGCUGUCCUUUGCUCAUUUGGCUUUUAAAAAAAAUUUCCUUUCCUAACCAUUCCUUUGUUAAUGGAGCUAUUCCCUCUCCACACCCAGACCAAAUGUUAGUCUCUGUGAAUAUUCAAGAAGGGGAAGAUGAAGGAAACUUGUGACUGUCUGGUUUUGAUUCUUCCCUCCAUGAAGGCAAACAUCUCGUCAAUGGAUGUGACUAAGAGCGGAAAACCAGUUUCCCAUUUGCUCUAGACCCUUGGGUGGAGAGGUGCUCCCCUGUAUCCUGACCAACCCUUGUUCCCUAAACAGUGCCGAAACAACUACUCCCUCACUAUCACAUUAUUGAUGGUGGUCUCUUGCUGUGCGCAGCCUGGCACACCAUACUCCCUACAUUACUGUUGCUGACUGUGCGCGCCAGCAGUGCCUCAUCGAUUGCCCCACAAGGUGUUAAGUAAAUGCAAUCUGCAGCCGUAAAAGAUUCCAGUUUACGUGAAGCUCUCUGCUUUUCCCCUUAAACAGGGCGCAGCGAGGGAAAGAGUUAAUGUCACAGUGAAAUGUUUAAGACCAGGAGGAUUAAACAGGCACAUGUCCUAAAUGCAGACUUUUAAAAUCCUGCCAAGCACGCUGGAAUGUUCGAAGGUAUUGAUUUGCAAUCUAACAAAUAUUAACUUAUGAUCUACAUAACAUGGCCAGUUUGGAUUCGAUGUUUUUUUUUGUACAAAUUAAUGAAGUAUUGUAAGACGCACACAUGCUUGAAGGGCAUUGAGUGUGUGAGGGGGGUGGGGUGGGGAGGGGGAAGCUGGGUUUGAAGUUGAGGGGCUGGGACACUAAAGUGCUGUUCAGUUUCAAGUCUAAUCCUGGUCGGUGUAAUCAAAGCCUUAAUCUGAAUUAUGACUAUGCAAUUAUUGGCAAUUUCAGCACCUUAUUUUUAAGAAGAGUUAGGUUAGAGACCAGAGUAAAUGCAAUGUGUUUUAGGGUGUACUGAUUCACAGCUAGUGUGUUGUUCAGGGGCUGCUUGCUCGUGGUGAAUUCUUUUGGGGUGUGGGAGGUUGGGUUUGGGAUAUUAGGGGGGUUGGGGGAGGGAGGUCAAAGGUUUAACCCUUUCAGCUCCAUAUGAGGCAUCAAUACAAGGCAGUGGGCCCAGCAUAAAGUCAGUCACAGCUAGUUUAGAGUCACCUGCCCAUCCCAUUGGGCACAGAGUGGGGGAGUUAGUAUUGCGAGUCCAACCUUGCCCCUGGGCAUUGAAUUGCGAUGCUGCACACGAGGAGGGCUAGGGCUUUGGGUGAGCACUCGAGGAGGUGACGGUAGGAAGGCUAGGGAGAGGAGGGCGAGGGGAUGGGCAGUGUAGGAAGCACUGUCUGAUAAAUUCAAUCCAUUCUCACCUGGAUAAUUCAAGGGUAUCGGGCACUGCAAGGCCAUCUGCUGGCACACAAAGGGAUUGCCAAUGUCCCCGCCCACACUGAGCAGACAAAGAGGCCACUCUUCGGAGUCUGACUCCCUCUGCAGCUCCAGAGACCCGUAUGCUAGUGACAACAGGGCACGGCAGUCUUUUUGUGAGUCAUGUUCAGUGUCCUUGUAAUGCACACCAAAUUUGAAUCUUGCGGAACGGAGGGGCUUGUCGCUAAACUGUCUCAUCUUGCACUCAUCAGGACAAAUGCAGGAAUAUUAAAUUCCAAACUGUCAAAACAAUUUAUACUGCAGUAGAAAAGGGUGCUGAUUGGUUAGUGAGUUGACUCUGAUUGGCCAUUAGACUCCUAAGUGACUAGGCUCCUCAAGCUGCUGGAUAAUUCCACAAUAGCCCAAGGCUUGAACCUGUUCCUUUUGUAUGCAUCGUCUCUGAAUGUGUAUCACUUCUAGCAAGCAGCAAAUGACUUGAUUAGAAAAGGAAUUUGUUCCAGCCUAGAGCACUUUUUGAAUGACCCGGGAGCCUGUAGUUCCCCCUUACUUUCUGCAUGGCAACAUCUCUGCCAAUCAAAGUUGAUUGGCCAUCCAAUCAACACCCUGUUGUCUUGUUGGAUUGAAAUUUGGUAUUUUUGCAUUGGUCCUGAUGAGCAUGAGACUAAAAGCUUUAGCAACAUUGCGCUCUCUCUCUCUGUUCAGCAACAUUGAUGUUGAGAAGAUUCAGACAUCACUUGGCCCUUGGUGUGUUCUUCCAGACGGUGCCAGCAUUAAGGAGCACCGCAUGCUGAGAGUCCUGCAGCCUAUGCUGCACCCGCCAAUGCACACUUCUCAUCCACAACCCGGCAUCCCACCCCAACCACAGUCAAGGGUCUCAUUAAUGGUACUAUCAAUCCAGUGAGACUGAGGAGCUGACCUGGUUCAGGCCUGAGGCAGGCUUCGGAGUUGAGGGAGGCCACACUUAGGCACAACAACUUGCCUUGUUUUUGGAACUGACCUGGGCCUAAAGUACGGGCAAUGGGUUGCUGCAGAGAUGGGAAGAGCCAGGUCAAGUCCACCACCACCUCACCCAGAUCUGAGCAGUGUUCAUUUCAGCAAGGGCCAGGCUAUUAAUUCAAAUCUUCAAAGCAAGCUGCUAGCUGGCCAAGAGUGGGUGAGGAGAUGGUCAGUGGUGGGAGAGCUCUGCAUUCCUGUCUGUCAUUGCUCCACACCACCCUUCCCCCAAUAGAUAGGAAACCCAAUGAUUAUAAGCUGAACAUGAUGGGGUCUUGGAAAGCCAUGGUACAGGAGAAGCAGAGGGGUAAUGUAGCAUUUGCCAAACCGGCCUUCCUCCCUGACUGACAGUGGCUAUUGCUGAAUACACAUGGCAGGGGGAGGUGGCAGGGAGGAAUACAGGGACUGGGUUUGAGAAGAAAAAAAAUACAAAAAAUUUGAAAACCCGAAAUUGGGACUUCAACACAACUUGAAUUUGUACCAACAUUUCUCUUAUGACAGAGCAUAGUGCUAUCCCAGAACCCCCUGUGCACGCCUAUUUUCAUGGUUUAAUGCAUGUUUAAUUACAAUUUCUUUCUCCAUAAUAAAACAAUUUUAUAGAGCAACACUUGUUUAACUGAUUGAAUAAAAAAGAUGUUCUUGACUGUA